AUGACUCAGAACUGUGGAAACGGCAUCAAUCCAUCGAAACAACAGGAUUCGCAGGAGCUGUCUCAACCUCAUAUGAGGCUAGGACAAUCGCUGGCUACCAGUGACGAUGUUAACAACGCCUAUGAGUUUGCAAUUGAAGCUAGAGCAGCUGAACCGCUAAGAAUCCUUCCAUCACAGCAAGCCAGACAUGCGCUUUCAAGCGAGUUUGCACGCGUAUGUCGUCAACCUAUUGAUGGAAUGUAUAUAAUUCCGAGCGCAUGCGAUCAGUUUACUUGGUUCGGCCUACUUUUUGUCCGACGUGGUAUUUAUGGUGGCGGCAUUUUUCGAUUUAAUGUGCGCAUUCCGAACGACUUCCCCAACACAACCUCACUUCCUACAGUGAAAUUUGAUCUAUUUGUAUUCCACCCUAAUAUUGACCCUGCCAGCCGGAGACCUGAUCUCACUCGCUACUUUCCAGAUGGCUGGAAGAAGGACAAGCAUCACAUUCAGAAUGUUCUCCUUGUUGUUCAGAGGCUAUUUUUCUCCUUCGAUUUUGACCCUGAGUCUAGCGCGAAUCCCGUUGCAGCUACAGUAUGGAGGCAGGAUAAAGAAAAGUUUAGAGCGAUUGCCAAGAACUGUGUAAACCAAAGUCGUAUGGAGGUGUAUGAUGAGCCAGAGGACGCAAGUGAUCCUAACGUUUUGCGAUUGACUCCUUGGGACCCUUCGCUACAUGAGCAAGUGCGUGAUCGAAUGAUGCUGAUAGGCGGCGCUUCUGCAAAUGCUAUUCAGUGGGAGCGAUCGGUCAAGAACAGCGGCAGUCACAACGUUGGUGCGGGUCUGUCGUGGGUCGAUACAGAUGCAAUGACCUACAUGACCGAACCAACUAAGGGGGUUGACUGCACACCAUUGUGCAACAAUAUAAAUGCUGAAUGCGACCGACUACUGCAUGGAAUCGAGCGACUGGAUUUGAGUGGUGUGCAGGCUGACAACGAUGGAGGAAGUGGUCGUAGUGAGACGUCAAUGGAUCCCAUAUCGCUUCAGUCAACUGCUUCGUUUUCUUCACCAGAGCAUCGUAAGCUCGAAAGGACAUGUGGUCAACUCGAAGGGUCUUUAGACGUUCGGACCUAUUCCAAAGAAGGCGAAGAAGAAGUUACUGAUUGUUAA